GUUAUAAAUAAUUUGUUAUAUUUAUUUCUGUUUGAGCAAAUUUAGGUAAAUGAUAUUUACGCUUCGUCUCUGUUAUAAUGUUUACUGAUUUGACAAUAAGAAAGUUAAUAAGAACCGACACGUUGUCAUGCUCGCAUCACUACAUUUUUCUUACACUGGAGAAAAAGCUGAUAUUAAAUUUGUGAAUCCUGAACCAUCGAAAAACUCCAAUCACUUGAAGCCCAAACCAUUUCCAUUUGUUGGUGUUGUAAAUUCCAAUUCACCCAUGUAUCCUGAAAGCGUGAAGCCCGAAUCAAUGAUGUUUGUCAGUACUCAAAAAGUAUUUUCGGACCAAAUUUGUCAAUGUAUAGAAAAAGCUGAAGAAAAUAUGAAUGAAAAGGACUUUUAUGAAUACAAUGCCACGUAUCAGACGUCGAAUAUAAGUAAUGACUCGUCUGCUUUACCAAACAUAAAUGUACGGGGAACAUUAAAUUACUACCAAUAUAGUGCAGGCCUAGAUAAUUUAGACCAUAUCUAUGAAAAUAGUUCCGAUUCGUCGAUUUAUUUCAAUUCAAGCGACCAAACAAAAUGCGCGUAUCAAGAAUCUGCAGAUAUAUUGUCUACACGUAAUUUAAAAGAUAUACCAACAAAUGAUUAUGCCUUUAAUCCUAUGUCACUGAUUAAUCCCAACGAAAUCACACAUACAAAUUUAUACGAAAAAUUUGAUGAUAUGUUUGAAGAAAUGUCUGCUGUGUCGCCUGCACAAGUUGAGGACCAAAUAACAAUAGAUGAUUUUAAAUUUGAUCCUUUCGCAUUAAUUGAUCCAAAAUUAAUAACAUAUUCAAAUUCGUACGAAAAACUUGAUGAUAUAUUUGAAGAAUUUUCUACUGUGCUGUCUGCACAAAUUGAAGAUAAAAUAACAACAAAUCAUUUGGGGAUUGAUCCUUUUGUGUCGGUUGAUCCAAAAGAAAUAACAUUUUCAAAUUCGUACAAAAACGCCGAUAAUAUGUUUGAAGAAUUGUCGGCACAAAUUGAAGACAAAAUACCAACCAAUGAUUAUACCUUUAAUCCUCUGAUUAACUUAAACGCAAUCACACAUUCAAAUUCCUACGAAAAAUUUGAUGAUAUAUUUGAAGAAUUGUCCGCUUUGUUGCCUUCACAAACUAUAGACGAAAUAGAAACAAAUGAUUUUGAAUUUGAUCUUUUGGCAUUAGUUGAUCCAAAAGAAAUAACAAAUUCAAAUUCAUACGAAAAUACCGAUAAUAUGUUUGAAGAAUUGUCCACUAUGUUGCCUUCACAAACCAUAGACGAAAUAGAAACAAAUGAUUUUGAAUUUGAUCUUUUGGCAUUAGUUGAUCCAAAAGAAAUAACAUAUUCAAAUUCAUACAAAAACACCGAUAAUAUGUUUGAAGAAAUAUCUGCCGUAUUUCCUACACGAAUGGAAGUCAAUAUACCGACAAGUGAUUUUGAAUUUGAUCCUUUCUUAUUAGUUGACCAAAAAGCAGCAACGAAUUAUAAUUUAAGUGAAACAACAAAUUACACGGCUGAAGAAAAGUUUUCUGCAUUAUCGAAUGAAAAUGGAAUACCAAUAAAUGAUUUUGAAUUUGAUCAUUUUGCAUUAAGUGACCCAUUCACUCUUUAUGAGUAUCAUAAAAACAUUCUUGAUACAUCAUUAGAUUUAUGGACCCUGGAUGAAAAUCAAGAAUAUUUGAGGCCCUCCGAAUUCAACACCUACCAUACAACAAACAAGGUUGAAAAUUUAAUUAGUUCAGAUAAUAAGAGCGUAGAAAAAAUGAGAAAUAAAAUCGAAGAAAAUAUUGUAGCAUCUGAAAAAAAUAUCACGGAACCAGCAGGUCAUUCGCGAAAUGAAAAAACAGACUGCAUAGAUAAAAACGUUGCAACAUCAAACUCUAUUAUAAACACGGUAGUAAAUUGCCGUUACAACACCAGGUCUAUGACCAGAUCUACCUCUUUACCUUAUAAGAAUGUGGAUAAAAGUAUUUUAAUUUCAAAACCGAGUUCAGAUAACCCUGUGAAUAUUUUGUGUAACGUCAGUUCCACCACUUCAAGCCGUCGAAAUUCUAUGAAAACAGAUAACUGCAUAAGCCGUAACAUUAAAGCCACUAACUUCAUCGCAAAAUCACCUGUAGAUCUUUUUGACAAUAAUAACAAUCUUAUAACUUCAAAUGAUCGAAAUCUCGAUAAAAUUACAUACGAUAACGAUGAAAAUAUAAUGCCAUCUAAAUGAAGAUCAAAUGCCACAAAAAGUCCUUAUGAUAUUAGAUCUGUCGUUAAAACUCAUCUAAACGCUUCGAAGUGAAAAUAAUAAUCCAGAAAUUCGCUCGAAUCGGAUCACACAAAUUAUUUAUGCUCUCAAAAUUGUAUUGUAUCAUGUGUUGUGAAAAAUUAUUUUCACUCUAAAGAGGACAAUUAAUUACGUCUAAUUUGUUAUUAGAGAAGAAAUAAUGAGCGAAAAUAAUAAUUUGAUAAUAUUAUUGAAAUAUUUGUUCAUAUUUAUGUGUACAUAAAUGUAUACA